AUGUACCAUGGUUUUAGCCUUACCCAACCAUCUCCUUCGAACUUCACGACAUUUGCAAUGAGAUGCCUCCCCUUACUUGCGACGAAGACCCAGAGUUCUCGCUUGGCCGAUGCGGACCCUUACGAUGGCUUCGAUACUCCUGCUGAUACGUUUGAGUCACGUGUACCAUGCAUAUUGGAAGGACUAAGCCUCGUUGACCCCGCACGAUGCCAAUCUCAGCUUAAGCGUAUUGAGGGGCAGCUUGCCGAGAGAGGUGGCCAGGGUAAAGUUAGCUUUGAGGCUUUGAAAUGGCCAUUCAAGAGUAAGGAUGUUCAGUCACUUAUUCAGGAUCUGGAUCGGUGUACCAAGGCUAUUUAUUCAGCCUUGGAAGUCGAUCAGACCUCGAUCCUUCUCGAUAUCGACCAUAAGAUCGCCCUUGACACGCUGCCUAUCGCAGAAGGGGCCUCUUUUGACUCGCAUGCCGAAGAACACAACCCGACAUGCUUGCCAAACACCCGUGAGGAGCUGCUCCGAGACAUCGGCUGCUGGAUUGAUGACGAUACCUCGAAGACGAUAUUCUGGCUCAAUGGUAUGGCGGGAACUGGAAAGUCGACUAUCUCACGGACUGUUGCACAGGCGCGAUCUCGGCGAGGUAAUCUCGGUGCCAGCUUCUUCUUCAAAAGAGGAGAGAUGGACAGAGGCAACCUCAACAAAUUGAUGUCGACUUUGGCCUACCAGUUGUCUUUGAGCAUUCCAGAAGCUGCGUUCUUCGUCAAGAAGGCGCUUGAUGACAAUUCGGCCAUUAUGAGAAAGUCAGUAAAAGAGCAGUUCCAAAAGCUCAUCCAGGAACCACUGUCUGAGGCAGCAGCAUCGGCGAAGGUGUUGUCGCCGGUCGUGAUAGUGAUCGAUGCCUUAGACGAGUGUGAUCAAGAGGAUGAUAUCAGGUUGCUGAUAAAUAUUCUCUCGCAAGCCAAAACGUCACUUCCUCACCUCAGGGUGUUCUUGACGAGCAGGCCGGAGCUUCCGAUUCGGCUGGGAUUCAGUCAGGUGCAGGGUUCCUAUCAGGCCUUAGUUCUACAUGCCAUCCCAGCACAGAUUGUCGAGCACGAUAUAGUUGUAUUCUUGGAUGCCGAGUUUGAGAAGAUCCGACACGAUUUCAACACGACUGUCGGCGAUGAAAGGAAGCUGCCUUCGGAUUGGCCAGGUCGCCCAAUUGUACAGACUCUCGCGCAGAUGGCCGUACCGCUCUUCAUCUUUGCAGCUACUGUUUGUCGUUUUGUCGGUGAUUCCAAACGGAGGAAUCCUCGAACACGAUUGCAGACGGUGCUGGAUCAAGAGGGGACAAGUCAUGGGUCCCAACUUGAGCAAACCUACACACCGAUUUUACGCUCACAGAUCGCCGGACUGCCAAAGAAAGAGAGAGAUGAGGUGAUCGAAGACUUCAAAGUGAUUGUCGGCAGUAUCGUUAUCCUUGCGAGUCCUCUAUCGGUGACAGCACUUUCACGAUUGAUCGACGUUCUACCCGACACUGUGGACGAAAGAUUAGAUGCGCUGCAUUCGGUGUUGAGCAUCCCGCCGGAACGAGCAAUGCCUGUGCGGCUGUUACACUUGUCGUUUCGAGACUAUCUUGUUGACCCAGGAAGUAAAGGGACGACUGAUUUCUGGGUGGAUGAGAAGCUCACGCAACGAAGGCUGGCACAACACUGCUUGCGCAUUAUGCGCGGCGGUCUGCGGAAGAACAUAUGCGGCCUGUCUUUCCCAGGCAUGCGUCGAUCUUCAGUAGACUUUAGGCUACUAGAGAAGAGGAUACCUUCACAGCUCCAAUACGCUUGCAUGCACUGGGCGUAUCAUCAAACGUCAGGUAAACCCGAGCUUAGCGAUGAUAAGGAUGUUUAUGACUUCUUGACGACACACUUCCUGCAUUGGCUUGAAGCGAUGAGUUUGCUCGGACGAGUUAAGGAAUGUCUUGACGCCCUAAGGUUACUGGCGAGAUGGGUAGAGGUUUGUAUCUAUAUCUAA